GUAUGUAGCAUGAACUGUUGGGCUACCUUGUUUCCAAGUCAAGACAGUUAAAAUCAAGAAUGCGAAAUAUCAGCUGCAGAGUGCUCAAAGUAGAAAAUCAAUGUCAGCUGAUGGAAUAUAUUUUUGUACCUUAACCUUAACUGGAAAAACACACUGAAUUGGAUUUGUUGAACUAAUCUUUGAAAAUAAACUAAUUACAUCGGUAUCUCAUCAACAACGGCAUGUUAUGCUUAUGUCAGAGCCUUAUGUAUACAUCAUGGAUAGCACUGCUGCACAGUUCAAGUAAGAUACACCAAAAAAUGUUCUACUUUUCUUUAAUCAGAAUGGUGGAGAUAGGUUUACAUUCUUCCUUACUUUAGUUUAUUAAAUGUGUCCUCUGCUGAAUUAUAUCAUUUAAAUCACACUUCGCCUCUCCUGCAGGUGGGACUUCUGUUUAUACAAGGGAAGUAUGAUUGAACAUCUAGAUGGCCAUACUGAUAUAGUUCAUAAGUGUCUGCAUCGUCAUUGGCUUCCUUGGGGUAUGAAGAGAAGAGAUCUUCUUCUGCAGCGCUAUUGGAGAAGGGAAGAUGAUGGGACAUAUGUCAUUCUGUAUCAUUCUGUAUAUCACCAGAAGUGUCCACCUCAAAGCGGAUAUGUCCGUGCCUGCCUUAAAAGUAAUGUGGUGGGUAUGUAAUAUCACCGGUGAAUCAAGGGAAGGCCUCAGUAGUUAAACACAUGCUUGCUAUUGAUUGGAAAUUCUGGAAAUCUUAUAUACAAACAUCUUCUGCUAGCUCUAUAACCAUCCGCAUGCUAGGGAGACUUUCUGCUUUAAGGGAGCUGUUCAAGGCAAAAGUAGGAGAGUGUUCUUCUUCUGGUUCUUCGGGUGAGCUGAUUAGAGGGAGAAGAUUUCAUAAAUUUGAUGAGGACAAUAUUGAAGCCCAAACAAGAUUAGAGAUUGGGAAGCAUAAGGAAGGUACAGAAGUGGUAAAGGCGCCAUCUGAACAUGCAAGCCUUACGGGGUUAAAUGAUGCAUCCGAUGAAUUUUUUGAUGUACCUGAGCCAUUAGAUUUGGAUCAAUCAGAUAAUGGUUGGGCAUCUGACUUUGGGCUGGAGAUGUGCUCUCAGGAUACACGGCAUACAAAAGUGUCACCUGCUGCUGUGUUGGUGAAGAAACUGCAUGAUCUUGCAGUUCAAAAGAGGGGUUAUGUAGACCUGCAUGAGAUGGUAAGGGAAGAUUGUUUACUAUGCAACUAUGGGUCCACCCUCCCAAAAGAUCCAAGUUGUAAUUUGCCUUGCAGUUGGACUGAAACAGAUCCCUCAACUUUUCUAAUACGCGGAGAAACUUAUUUAGAUGAUCGUAAGAAGAUUAAAGCAAAAGGCACAUUGAUGCAAAUGGUCGGUGCAGAUUGGUUGAAAUCUGAUAAACGAGAAGAUGAUCUUGGUGGUCGGGAAGGGAGCAUUGUUCAGAAAUAUGCUGCAAAGGGUGGGCCGGAGUUCUUCUUCAUUGUUCACAUACAGGGACCGUGGAUAGUCAAACAGAGUGUUGGGCGGAAAGCAUGCCUUAUAGGGCAAGCGUUAGAGGUAAAUUAUUUCCGCGGGAAGAACUACUUGGAGCUUGGAGUAGAUGUUGGGUCGUCGACGGUGGCAAGGGGUGUGGUUGGCCUUGUUCUUGGUUGCCUAAACAGUCUUGUCAUUGAAAUGGCAUUUCUCAUUCAGGCCAACACAACAGAUGAGCUUCCAGAAUGUCUCAUCGGAACCUGCCGUCUAAACCAUCUGGAUGCUUCUAAAGCUGCUCUCUUGAACCAUUGACAAAAUACAUCAUAUUAAAUUCAUUGGAUUGGAUUUCCCUCUAAUUGCAUUCAAGUAAAGCUGCACAGAAGAAGAAGACACACAACAUAACAUGGACAGAUGGGGUUGCCCACAGAAAUCACAGAGCAUUUCAACAUGUGGGUAUUGGCAUAUAUAUAUUUUGUAAAUUGUUGUGAAUACACAUUUCUUGUACUGGUCUGGGGAGUUUGAGAUUUCACAGAUUAUGAAAGACUGAAAAAAAUAAAAUAAUCUUCAAAAUCUUUUUUUAUAUAUACGGAGUAUAGAAAUGAGACAAUGAAGCUUUGAAGGGGUUGGCAGAAUGGAAAUGAGAAUCAUGUGGACAACUACUGCCCUAUCAUUUAUUGGU